AUGAGUGGUCUCCGUUUCCUCGAUCUCAUUAAACCCUUCACGCCCCUCCUUCCAGAGGUGGCCGCCCCUGAAUCAAAGAUCGCUUUCAACCAGAAGUUGAUGUGGACAGGAUGUACCCUACUAAUCUUCUUGGUCAUGAGCCAAAUGCCCCUCUACGGCAUUGUCUCCUCUGACACCUCAGAUCCCAUCUACUGGCUGCGUAUGAUGUUGGCUAGUAACAGAGGAACUCUAAUGGAACUGGGCACCACUCCUAUCAUUUCCUCCGGCAUGGUCUUCCAGCUUCUCGCGGGUACUCAUCUGAUCGAUGUAAACCUCGAUCUCAAAUCCGACCGCGAGCUGUACCAAACCGCACAAAAGCUUUUCGCCAUCAUCCUAUCCUUUGGACAAGCCUGCGUCUUCGUCCUCACCGGUCUUUAUGGUCAACCCAGCGAUCUUGGAGCUGGUAUCUGUCUACUUUUGAUCGUCCAGCUGGUCCUUGCUGGUCUCGUCGUCAUUCUUCUUGAUGAACUGCUGCAAAAGGGCUAUGGUCUCGGAUCCGGCAUCUCCCUCUUCAUCGCCACCAACAUCUGCGAAUCCAUUGUUUGGAAGGCAUUCUCUCCAACUACCAUCGACACUGGCCGUGGGAAAGAGUUUGAGGGGGCUGUCAUUGCCCUCUUCCACCUUCUUGUCACCUGGCCUGACAAGACUCGAGCCCUCCGCGAGGCCUUCUACCGACAACAUCUUCCCAAUGUCAUGAACCUACUCGCCACCUUGGUCGUCUUCGCUGCCGUGAUCUAUCUCCAGGGUUUCCGUGUUGAGAUCCCAGUCAAGUCCUCCCGUCAACGUGGCAUGCGGGGCUCUUAUCCUAUCCGUCUCUUCUAUACUUCCAACAUGCCCAUCAUGCUGCAAUCCGCUUUGGCCUCCAACAUUUUCAUGAUCAGCCAAAUGCUCUAUACUCGCUUCUCUGACAACCUUUUGGUCAAGCUCGUUGGAACAUGGGAGCCAAGAGAAGGAUCCUCGCAACUUUAUGCCUCUGGUGGUAUUGCCUACUACAUGUCCCCACCGCACAGCUUUGCCGAGGCUCUGCUCGACCCCAUUCACACUGCCAUCUAUGUUGGCUUCAUCAUCAUCACCUGCGCUGUCUUCUCAAAGACCUGGAUUGAAGUCUCUGGAUCGGCUCCUCGUGAUGUUGCCAAGACUCUGAAGGAGCAAGGUCUCGUCAUGGCCGGUCAUCGUGAACAGAGCAUGUACAAAGAAUUGAAGCGUGUGAUUCCUACGGCCGCUGCCUUUGGUGGAGCUUGCAUUGGCGCGCUCUCGGUCGCUAGCGAUAUGUUGGGUGCAUUUGGAAGCGGCACUGGUAUCCUACUCGCCGUCACCAUCAUAUACGGCUACUUUGAGAUUGCGGCCAAAGAGGGUGACUUUGGCGCGAACCUCAAGGGCCUCAUUGCUUAG